AUGGAAGCAAACAGAAGCUGGCGGGUGGUACCUUUGCUCUUAUGGGCUGCUAUGGUGGCAAUGUUUUCUCACAACUUAGUCGUCGUCCCGGUUAUGUCCGCUGCCAGCUUUGACGAUCAGAAGAAUUACUAUCCUCCCGACCCGAAUACCCCAACUCCCACAGGUCUAUGUUUUUUUGAUACCUCCGAAUCUCCCGACCUUCGCUCCACCACACGGUUCUGGCGGCGGCAGCCACCCGACCCCAACCCCAUCCCACGGCAGCACUCCACCUUAUCACGCCAGCACUCCACCUUAUCACGCCGGCACUCCACCUUACCACGGUACUGGCUGAACCACCCGACCCUGAUAUGGGGCCUGUUCGGGUUUUGGGGGACCACAAUCGGAACAGCUUUCGGAUCAAGCAGUCUACCCGGUUUCGGAGCCAACACCAACAUUAUCCAGGCACUUUCAAACACCCGAACAGACGGUCUCGGGCAGCUCUACAGGGAAGGCACGGCUGCCCUGCUUAACUCCAUGGCCCACGCGAGGUUCCCCUACACGACAAGCCAGGUCAGGGACAGCUUCUUGGCAGCGGUCGGGUCGAACCAGGCAGCUGCAGCUCAGGCACAGCUGUUCAGGAUGGCGAACGAGGGGAGAACCAAGCCAACAACCUGA